AUCUGUAACGAGGAGCGAUGAGAGGCGCGUAAAGGUGAGGUGUGUAGAGGAGAGGUGAGGUGAGGUGAGGUGCAGAGGGGGCAAGACAUUUUGGCUAUGCGUUGUAAAUUGAGACGGGACUGUACCGAAGGGGAUUCACGGAUGUCGAGACAAAGCUCUCUUGUUCUAGUUGUGUAAUGUGUACCAUGGAAAAUUCCCUACGGUGAAUCCCCUGACGGUAAAGUCCCUGAGAGGCGAGUUGUUAGAGGAGAGGUGCGGUCUUGCCUCCGACAGUUAGUUUUGAGGAGCGAUAGCGUUAACACUGUAAUAUUUUAUCUUUUAUAAGAAAGUAUUGUGAGUGAGUUAUUUAGUGAAAAGACACUGUUAUCUGUUUAAUUACUUGAUAUUGUUAUUAUAGACUUAGAUUGUAUAAGAAAAGUGUGUUCUAAACAGAUAUACCUUGACUGUUAUAUGUAAGCUGGUAUUGUGAACUACUUAUAGUGAGUGAUCUGCGAUUAAAGACAUAUUAAUUAAUCAAAGUGUUUAAUUUAUAUCUUUUGGACAUUAUAUUUGGUGGCAGCGGUGGGAUGAAGAGGUCGUCAGGAAACGGCCGCUUCGUGCGGAUGAAACGUCCAAAAGCUUAUCAGGAUCAAGUAAGUGAUGAAGAUGAGGAGGUUCUGUAUCGUAAUGUCGUCGAGUCUAUUGUGACUAAGAAGCUAAAUGAUCUAGCGUCUGAAAAAAUGACCAAGUCUAAGAACAGUGAAGUGAAUGCAGAUCGUCUUAUACCGGAUUUUGAUCCAGAAAACAAAGACAUGAAUGUCACUAGUUGGAUCAAAAAGAUUGAACAACUUGGAGAGAUCUACAAGUGGAGCGAUGAAGUGAAGUCCUUUCAUCUACAAUCAAAAUUACAAGGACAAGCUCGCACUUGGUUCAACCGAUUGGACUCAUACGAGUAUUCAUGGAGUGAAUGGAAGACGAAGCUAACUAAAGCUUUCCCUAGAUAUCAUGACUAUGCGUCACUCCUAGAUGAGCUUAUGAAUAGGAAGAAACAAGCGGGUGAAAGCAUGACUAAGUACUAUCAAGAGAAGCUAGCAAUGUGCUACAGAUGCCAAAUAAGUGGGCAAGCUGCUGUUUCGUGUAUCAUCCGAGGUCUCCCCUUAGAGCUGCAAGCUAAUGCUCAAGCAUUCCAGAGUGGCAGCCCGGAUGACCUAUAUGAAGGAUUUUUGUCCGCUUUAGACAGUUACAAACCCUCAGAAAAGCCUAACUCUACAUUGAUACCUCAAUCUUCAAGAAUUAUUAAUAAAGGCCAUUAUGUGAGCACACAGAGAAUGGUUGCAAAGAACAAUGGAACCCAAGAUCCAUCCCAGAUUUGCUAUCGGUGUAAGGAACCCGGACACACAGCACCACAGUGUACUAUGCCAGAUAUGCGAAAAUGCUAUCGCUGUGGUAAAACUGGGCACAUAGCUAAUCGGUGUGCAGAAAAGACAGGUGGAGAAAUGACUAAGAAAAUACAAAUACUAGCAGAAACAAAAAAUUCAUUUGUGAAAACUGUAUGUGUAAACAACAUAUUGACAAAAGCAUAUAUUGACACAGGGAGUGAGGUGAAUGUCAUGUCAUUGACCGCAGCAGAAACAUUGAAUUUGAAACUGAAACCCUCAUUCAAGCGACUAAGUGGUUUUACUGGUGCACAAGUUCAAGCAAAAGGAGAGGUGAAUUUUGACAUAAAAAUUGAUCAGAUACAAAUGAAUACAAGUGCAUUAGUUGCAGAUGUGGAAAUGGGAAGUAUAGCUCUCAUUAUUGGACAAACAAUCUUGAACCGAAGCGAUAUCAACUUGAAUGUUUCUCAACUGAAAGCUGAAUUAAGCAUGAAUAAUACUAACCCAGUGAACACUAUCUGUGCUAUUGAGGCAACUGCAAGUUAUAAGGUAUUGCUGGAAGAAGAUAUAACAAUCCCAAGAGGUGAUAGCUUGGUGAAAGUUUACAUAGAAGACAAACCAAUAGGCAUGAUGUGUUCAAGAUCAAGACAGUUCAGCCUUGGGGAGGUGGAGUAUGCAAUAGCAAGUAGCCUGAUUCGAGAUGGUAGCGGUUAUGUGAGAGUCUGCAAUCUUGGGAGCGCAGAGAUUCACUGGAAGAGGGACAGUACUAUAUCAAGGGCGGAGAGGUGUGAUGCUGUGGAGGUUUCAGAGGAUGGCCGACUGUAACGAGGAGCGAUGAGAGGCGCGUAAAGGUGAGGUGUGUAGAGGAGAGGUGAGGUGAGGUGAGGUGCAGAGGGGGCAAGACAUUUUGGCUAUGCGUUGUAAAUUGAGACGGGACUGUACCGAAGGGGAUUCACGGAUGUCGAGACAAAGCUCUCUUGUUCUAGUUGUGUAAUGUGUACCAUGGAAAAUUCCCUACGGUGAAUCCCCUGACGGUAAAGUCCCUGAGAGGCGAGUUGUUAGAGGAGAGGUGCGGUCUUGCCUCCGACAGUUGGUUUUGAGGAGCGAUAGCGUUAACACUGUAAUAUUUUAUCUUUUAUAAGAAAGUAUUGUGAGUGAGUUAUUUAGUGAAAAGACACUGUUAUCUGUUUAAUUACUUGAUAUUGUUAUUAUAGACUUAGAUUGUAUAAGAAAAGUGUGUUCUAAACAGAUAUACCUUGACUGUUAUAUGUAAGCUGGUAUUGUGAACUACUUAUAGUGAGUGAUCUGCGAUUAAAGACAUAUUAAUUAA